GCAUUAAAAAUGCGAUAGCUGUACUGCAUAAAAAUAUAAUUUUUGACAUUCUGGUUUGAAAUGCUGCAUAUUACAUGUCUUUUGGGAGAAAUGAAUCUUUCUGGAUUUUUGUUUUAUAUUUUAGGUCAAUGACUAACAUACACUUUGUUUCUGCUCCCUCAUAGGGAGACCGAAUGUGGCACAUUGCCGUAUCUGCGUUCCUGAUAGAAUUAUAUGGACACAAUCUUCUUCUAGCAACAGUGUUUGGUUUGGUGGUGGCUGGAUUUGUAUUAAUAUUUGGGGUCUUAAUUGGUGAUUGGAUUGACAAGAAACCAGGAAAUAAAGGGGAAACUGGCUCUUUGGAAACCACUGAUGGAUUCUUCAACAAGCCCAAAACUUUGGAUAAGCCAAAGGACCACAGAUCUAACCUUGAAGGACAACAGGCCACAACCACGGGAUUUUCUCUCUGCCUUCAAAACACGCGAAGGCUGCUGCGCACAUGCCGUGAGGGCUGGGAAGCGUACUGCAGGCAGACUGUCUUUCCGGCCGGCCUGGGCUUGGCCUUCCUCUACAUGACCGUGCUGGGGUUCGACUGCAUCACCAUUGGCAACGCCUACACCCAGGGGAUCGGAGGCUUGCUGUUCAGCAUCCUCACGGCCCUUUGGGCUUUGUCUGGCCUGAUGGGCACGAUUCUCUUCACCAGCCUCAGGGGGCGCUAUGGCCUGGUCACCACGGGGAGCAUACCCAGCUGGCUCCACAUAGGUUGCCUGAUUCUGACACUCUGCGUGUUUUCUGUCUUUGCUCCUGGGAGUCCUUUUGACCUGGCUGUUUUCUCCCUCCCAUUCAGCAACAACCCUUCUUCAGACCACGAGGUGCUAAAAGAGGAGCAGGUGCAUGUUUAUUUCUUUGAAAGAAAUGUGAAGCAACCUAUCCUUCCCAACCGCUCCUCUAUCCACUGGACCAACAGCACGGUUCUGCUUGAAGGCGAGCAGGACCUGGAGUAUCCUGAGUCUUACAUCUCCAUCAUCUUGCUCUUCUUGGGCGUGAUCCUCGCGAGAAUUGGAUCUCAGGAAAUCAUUCAAGUGCUGGCCCCACUGCCUUCUCAUAGAUUUCACCGGAAAUGUCAAUGAUGCCAGAAAGGGCAAGGCCAUGUGAGCACACAGCGAGAGGCACUGUCUACAAGCCAGGCACAGAAGCCUUACUAGAAACCAACCCUGGCAACUGUUUCAUCUUGGAC